CUGGGGAGCUAUAGAAUGAAUCCUUUCUGGCGGCUUGUUUCCACCGGUUCAAAAUGGAAAGUAUAUAUUGACCAAAUUAACAGGGCUUUGGAGAAUUAUGAACCAUGUUCAAGUCAAAACUGCAGCUGCUACCAUGGUGUCAUGGAAGAGGAUCUGACUCCUUUCCGAGGAGGUAUCUCCAGGAAGAUGAUGGCGGAGGUAGUCAGCCGGAAACUAGGGACCCACUAUCAGAUCAUUAAGAACAGAUUAUACCGAGAAAAUGACUGCAUGUUCCCCUCAAGGUGUAGUGGUGUUGAACACUUUAUUUUGGAAGUUAUUGGGCGCCUCCCUGACAUGGAGAUGGUGAUCAAUGUACGAGAUUAUCCUCAGGUUCCUAAAUGGAUGGAGCCUGCCAUUCCAGUCUUCUCCUUCAGUAAGACAUCAGAGUACCAUGAUAUCAUGUAUCCUGCUUGGACAUUUUGGGAAGGAGGACCUGCUGUUUGGCCAAUUUAUCCUACUGGUCUUGGACGGUGGGACCUCUUCAGAGAAGAUCUGUUAAGGUCAGCAGCCCAGUGGCCAUGGAAAAAGAAAAAUUCCACAGCAUACUUCCGAGGAUCAAGGACAAGUCCAGAACGAGAUCCUCUCAUUCUUCUAUCGCGGAAAAAUCCCAAACUUGUUGAUGCAGAAUACACCAAAAACCAAGCCUGGAAAUCUAUGAAAGAUACCCUGGGAAAGCCAGCUGCUAAGGAUGUCCAUCUUGUGGAUCACUGCAAAUACAAGUAUCUGUUUAAUUUCCGCGGUGUAGCUGCAAGUUUCCGGUUCAAACACCUCUUUCUGUGUGGUUCACUUGUUUUCCAUGUUGGUGAUGAGUGGCUGGAAUUUUUCUAUCCACAGCUGAAGCCAUGGGUUCACUAUAUCCCAGUCAAAACAGAUCUCUCCAAUGUCCAGGAGCUGUUGCAGUUUGUAAAAGCAAAUGAUGAUGUAGCUCAAGAAAUUGCUGAAAGGGGAAGCCAGUUUAUUAUGAAUCACUUGCAGAUGGAUGAUGUCACCUGUUACUGGGAGAACCUGUUGACUGAAUAUUCUAAAUUGCUCUCCUAUAACGUUACAAGAAGGAAAGGCUAUGAGCAGAUUAUCCCCAAAAUUCUGAAAACUGAACUCUAGUAGUCAUCAUUGGACUGUAGUCCUCUCCGUGGCAGCGGCUCUCAGACGUCCUGCAGUCAGAAGCUUACUCUUGAGUGUGGUACCUAUCCUUGGAUACUAUUACCAAGUCAAAUAUCUGAUUUUCCUUAUCAUGCCGAACCAAGAGCAACUUUCAAGAAAAAUCCAAAAUGUAUCUAAAUACAGAUAUGAUGCGGCUCAAUGCUUUGGCUGAAUAGGAUGAGAAAUCAUGAGAUACGGGUUUUGAACCCAAUUCUGCCUUUCAGUUUCAGGACUAAUCACAGCUUGUGCCUCAGAUCAUCCACAUGUGUAUGUCCGUCACUGUGAAACUGAGUGUGUUCAUGGGAUGAUGCCCUUUGUCCUGUUGUUUGGAGCAGAAAAUCGAUUAUUUGGAACUAGUACAACUCAUCACUGCAAUUCUGCAGUUAUGCUACACUUGAUCUGUGUUGCUGUAUGUUAAUGUAGAAAGCCCUGUAGGGUUUGUGAAAAAUACUUGGUGAUUAUUCCUGAGAGGUCUAAGGAAGCAGUAGCUGUGCCAUCAGUGACAUAGGAUUUCUCUUUGGUAAAGCAUAAACUCCUUGGUACUCAGGAGGUUUCUAUAAAGCCACGUAGAAAGGGGCCAAUUUUAUGAUUAAUUAUUGCAAUUGGAUUUCAAGUUCCCUUUUUGUGCCUUCACACCCUUCUUUAUAGUCUGUUUCCAAAAAAAAGAUAAAAACCUCUUAAUGAAUUUAGGAAGUAGUCCUUACUCUUUAAAGGAACUGUGCAUAAAACAGCAACUCUUCCUCAUUCUUCACACACCCUUAAUAUUUUUCCUCCAUGAACUGGCAGCCAUCCACUCUUGCAGGUGUCUCAAGGAGUCUUCAUAUGUGAAAUGUUGUUAAGUUAGGAGUUUAGAGCAUUCAACUUUAGCACUUAAUCUAUAUAGGAAUUAUUGGUUUUAGUGCACAUCCAUGUUGGAGUGCUUCCUUUUCCUUUUCUUCUCUUUUUGAAAAAGCCACGUGGAUAGUAGUUUAAUCUCUCAGGAUGUUCUCCGUAACGUAGUAAAAAAAUGAAAAAAACAAUUUAGAUUAAAACCCACAUAGUCUGAUGACUUAGAACAGCCCUUAUCCCUUAGGCACAAACUUCACACAGAGAAAUCAGCUCUUUUCCUUUGCCUCUUAAGAACUCUUUGGUGUUAACUGGUUUUAAAAUUAGUAAAUGUAAGAUUCAGUUAUAUAAAAUCAGGGACUUUAUUCCAUUUGUGAAAUAAGUAUUUGGCCUUUUAAACUCCCUUUCACAAAAUUUUAAGCCUGUGGACCUUCUUAGAGGACUUUCUGGUAAGAUCAUUGCAUGGAAUAAGGCAGAUGUUUAAAGUUAGAUUUUUUAUUUGAGUAUUAAAAACCCAUGGGGACCAUGUCCUUUGGUGUUAUAAGUCCGGCGAUAAGCAGUCUAGAUUUCUGAGUUGUACUGUAGUUUUGCCGUAUCAAUAGGAGGCCAUCGGAGAGAUUACCACUCUAUUUUAAUUUUCUUCUCACUAAACUAGGAGCAAAAUUUUCCGUCCUUUGGAUUAGGAGCUGAAGCUGCGUUUACCUGGGAGUGUUUCCCACUUUGCUUCAGGUUCCAGCUCAAGCAUCAUCUUCUCUCAGAAUCCUUGUUUUCAUUCCUCUUGGCAGUUAGAGGCUAUCAUAACACUUUGCUCAUUAUAUGUCCUCUAUUAUAUGUCAUCACAUUGCACUGUAUUUGACUGUUUCUCCUGCUAUUCUGUGAGCUUCUUGAUGAGUGAGAAUCAUGUUUUACUCAUCCUGAUAUCUCCAUUACCCAGCACAGUGCCUCACACAGAAGGAUGCACAGAAGGAUGUUGGAAGGGUAGGUGGAUGGAUGGAUGUGUGGAUGGAUGAAUGGAGACAGCAGGCUUAACUAGAUCCUAUUUAUAGAUUGCUCAGCCAUUGGCUCCAAGGGGGACUGGACAAGACUGUAAGAACUGGAUCAAUGCAAAUUAUUACCUGCCCUCUGAAGAGUCAAUAAGGGCAUCUUUUUGUAUUUAAAUAUAGCAAAUGUUAUUCAGAUUUUACAUUUAUCUGUUUGCCUCAGUGUAGAUGCUGAAGAUGGUGUGUAAUGAUAUGUAAAAUGUAUGGUAUUGAAAUAAUUUUUAUCUCCAUAACUUGAA